AUGUCGAAGUCCGCCCGCGUCCUGUACUGGUUCCGCACCGAUCUGCGGCUGCACGACUCCCCCGCACUGCAAGCUGCGCUCGACCUGAAACCCGCGGCCCUCUUCCCUGUAUGGUGCUGGGACCCGAACUACGUCUACAAGCACCGCGUCGGCAUCAACCGCUUCCGCUUCCUGCUCGAGUCCAUGACGGAUCUCUCGUCGAACAUCACAUCCACCCAAUCCAAGUCCCAGCUGCUGGUUGUUCGCGGAGAACCCACAGAGCUCCUCCCCGAACUGUGGAAGCGAUGGAACAUCACCCAUCUGGUGAUCGAGAAGGACCCCUCUGCGUACGGACGUCGACGUGAUAGGCUGAUUCUGGAGGCGGCCAAAAAGAGCAAGGUCGAAGUGGUAGCUGUUCAGGGUCAUCAUUUGUUUGAUCCCGAGGAGGUGACGAAGAGGAAUAAGGGCAAGCCGACCAUGGCGAUGAGUACGUUGCAGAAGAUCGUGGCGGAUAUGGGGGCUGUACCGAAACCUAUUGAUGCGCCGAAGGAUCUGCCGCUGCCCAAAUUGAAGGACUCGAAGGCGAAGAAUCUCAAAGAUACGCUCAAGGAGCUGGCGAAGAGUCUGGAUGGGUUGCCGCACUACACGGGCAAGGGACGCGAAGGGCCGGCCUCUGUGGAUCUCAACUCUACCGAACUCGGCGGGCAGCGGGACAAGAAGGUGACCUGCUACGAUACCGUCACGGGCGAGGCAUCUGAUCUGUUCAGCGUCCCCACGCUCGAAUCGCUCGGCAUGGACCGUAGCAAGAUCCGUGAAACCAUCAAGGGAGGCGAAACCCUCGCACUCGAACGCCUCGCAAAGAUCUGCAAGGACGCCGAGUACAUUGCCACUUUCGCGAAACCCAAAACGUCCCCUGGUCAAUCGGCGGAGGACCCAUCGACAACGCUCAUGUCGCCCUACCUCAAGUUCGGCUGUCUCUCCGUACGCAAGUUCUGGUGGGACGCCGAAGAGGCCAAGAAGAAGUACAAGGGGGGCAGUGCUACAGGUCCACCCGAGAACCUUAAUGGGCAGCUGUUGUUUCGCGACAUGUACGCGUGUGCGGAGCAUGCGAUCGGUGAUGCGUUCCAGGUGAUCCGUGGUAACUCUGCUUGUCGGUACAUCGACUGGUAUUGUCCUACUGCCUAUGACAAGGAUGGCCAAGUCAUUCUCCCCCGGCCACCGGGUGAUGCGGUGAGCGAAGCCCGUCUUUCGGCAUACAAACUUGGGCAAACGGGUUUCCCAUGGAUUGACGCGUUGAUGCGUCAGCUUCGCCUCGAGGGCUGGAUGCACCAUCUCGGUCGUCAUUCCGUCGCCGCCUUCCUCACGCGCGGUCAAUGCUGGAUCUCCUGGGAGCGCGGGGCCGAGAUCUUUGACGAGUACCUCAUCGACUGGGACCCGUGUUCGAACCCGGGCAACUGGAUGUGGCUCUCCUGCUCAGCCUUCUUCACCCAGUACUUCCGCCUCUACGGCCUGAUCACGUUCGGUCAAAAGUACGACAAGACCGGCGCCCUCAUCCGCAAGUACUGUCCGGAACUUAAGAACUUUCCGGACAAGUACAUCUACGAUCCGUUCAACGCGCCCAAGGACGUGCAGCAGAAAGCGGGGUGCAUCAUCGGCAAGGACUAUCCCUUCCCAAUGUUGGACGAGAAGGAGACCAAGAGCGAGAACAUGCAGCGGAUGAAGAUCUGUUACCAGGCCAACCUGCACGGUGCGGAUAAGGAGGUGAUGAACGGCACGGCCGAGGCGAUGUUGCGGAAGAAGCAUGGGUUUAAGGAGCCAAAGGAGUUUGAUUGGGCGAAUCGACCCGGUGCGAAGAUCCCCGAUUGGGCCAAGGCGCCCGAGGGAGAGGAGCACACUACGGAGGGCGCACCAAGUGGUGGCAAGAAGGGUGGGGCCAACGUGAAGAAGGAGGAGGAGCACGAUUCGGACGACGACGUGCUCGGUCAGGAGGACGAACACAAGGAGGAACGCGGGACCAAACGAAAGGGUGCCACGGCUGCCAAGAGCGAGACCGGCAAGAACAAGAAGAAGAAAUAG